CAGCAGGAGCAGGAGCAGCGCGAGGGCUGCGCGGGCCUGUGGGAACUGCCCGUGGAGCGCAGCGAGAGGCGGCCCCAGUGCGGGCGCUGCGGCCGUCCACAGAAGGUCUGCUUGUGUCCAUUCCUGCCAGUGCAUCCCCUGAAAGUCUCCACCUGCUUGUAUAUAAUCCAGCAUCCAGCAGAGGAAAGCCGAGUGCUAAGGACGGUUCCUCUGCUAGCAGCUUGUCUCCCUCCAGACAAAUGUAAAGUUUUGAUCGGUCGCCGUUUUAGUGAAGACAGGUAUCCUGAAUUAGCAACAGUUUGCAGAAAUCCCAAUACUCUAAUUUUGUAUCCUGGAGCUGAAGCAACUAACUUGGAAGAAAUUGCACUGAUGCCUUCUAGUCCAUCUGUGAUGAUAAUCAUCGAUGGAACAUGGAGUCAAGCUAAAGAUAUAUUUUACAAAAAUUCUCUCUUCCGUCUUCCCAAGCAGGUGCAGCUAAAAACCAACAUUUCAAGUCAGUAUGUAAUUCGUACACAGCCAACAAACACUUGUCUUUCUACCCUUGAAUGUGCAGCUAUUGCUCUCACAAUUAUGGAAAAAAAUAACAGCAUACAAGAGACUAUACUCCGUCCACUUCAAGCAUUAUGUUCUUUCCAGCUUCAGCAUGGUGCCCAGAUCCAUCACAGCAAAGAGCAUCUCCUCAGAAAUGGCCUAUAUGACAAGCCUAUGCCAAAGAAUAAACGCAAACUCAGAAGAAUGGAACUUUUGGUAAAUAAUGUUAAAAUAUAGGAAAACUAUGCUGAUAAUACAGUGGAAUUUAUUUGAAGCUAACAAAUGAAUGAGUCUGGACUUAAACCACACAGCCAUUUUUAGUGGUUGAUUUUUCAUUCUGCAGAAGACGAGGUGCCUUUCUUCAAAUCUGAAAAGAGCAUUCUUCUUAUUUCCUGAUUAAGGAAAAGAAAAUCUGAAAAUAAUUGAAAAUUAUGUUACCUCUUGGUUGAAAAGUGACUCAGCAUGACUCGAUAAAUAUACUUUAAAGAAGCUUUUGGUAGUACUGAAAGCUAUUUGAACUUAAUUGCAAUGGUAGUGCUUAAGCAUUUAGACGUAUGUUGAUUUUCUAUCGAAAAAAAUUAGUAUCUAAUUACAAUAAAUUUUCAAACAUUAAAUUCCUUAUUUCAACUGAGCAUAAGACAAUAUUUGUAUAAUUUUUUAAAUGUUGAGACUUCAAUUUGUUACACUGUUAGGAUUUCUUUUUGUAAAUUUAUACGCAUCUUAUAAUGUCAUUCUAGUUUGUUCCUCUGAUGCAAGAUAAACCCAUAUAUAUUUUAAUGGAACCUGAACACUUCAAAUGUAAAUUGGAAGGAUGGGGUUAUUGAACGUAGAGAUAUGAUUAUUGUAAUUACAACUCAGGUUCUUCACAUUUUAGUUGAGCAAAACUAUUUGUAUCUGCAUAGGGAAGGUAAGAUACAGGUGUGUGUGGUGUGU